UCCAAUACGCAAUAUUGCUUGUGAGUGUGCUCUCUAAAUAUUCAAUAUAUAUAUUAUGCUAUAAAAAAUAACAAUUGUCACUGAUUGUCAACAUUAUCAAACGUAUACAAAAAAAUAUUUAAUUACAGCGCUAAAUGAAUUCAGAUCCAGAAACAUGAAUUCCAAUAACGCGAACAUAAAUGUUUCACAAAACUCGAAGAUGGGAAAAGAUAAUAUUCUGGCUGCCUAUCAUAUGCUAAGAUUUUCAAAACAAGAUAAAGAUUUCGAUAUCAUAGACAUUGAACGCAGGUCUCUUGCUAUGAAAAAUAUGACAGCAAAGUUAUUUGAUUCAGAGGAUACAGCAGCAAUACUUUUACAAAAAGAUCUUGAAGAUUAUUUUAUUUUAAUGACAGAUACAAACAAAAUAAACAAUUAUUGGAAACAGAUUAAAUCUCAAUUGCAAGAUAUAAAAAAUGAUCCAUUGAAAUGGAAAUCGGGAUUAGAGGAUGAAGAUGCUACACUGAAUCUUAUCAAACCUUUGGUUUGUCAAAAAAAUUAUACUUUACCUUGUAAAGGAAGAUUUUAUUAUGAUAGGGACAUAGAAAAAAUAGUAAAUAAUACAAAGAGAAGUAAAGAUAUACAAGAAAGAAAAAUAUCUUCGCAAUUACAAGAAUCUUCUAAUCAAAACUCAAAUAAAGAACUUUUGUUGAAGCCUAAUAAUAGUGAACAAAAUAUAUCUACAUAUUUCACAAAUAUCCAUGAAAAUGCCAAUUCUAAUAAGCAUAUAAGUAAUAUUAAACAGAAUGCAUCAAAAAUACAAUCAAACAGGCACUCUUCUUAUCAGAAUUUGAAUAAGUUUGUACAAAAAAGACCUAUAUUAAGCAAUAAUAAUACAAAUGAUACAAAAGAAGUCUUGUACGGAUGUACAAAUCCACAAGCACCAAAAUUAAAACGAGCUGUGAAUGAAGACACGAAAACAGAAAAGAGCGCACUCGACUCUUUCAGGAGUGCCAGAGACGAAUUGUAUAUCCAAGAAAUGAAGAGAAAUAAAUCGGCGCCGAAAAAAACUCUAGGUGGUCGUUCAGCGGUCAAUUCUCAGUUCGUCUGUCCGUUUAAACGAGAUAAGGAGAAUUCGAUGCAGAGUAAUACUCCACUACAAAAAACAAAUGCAGAAGAGGUGGAGGACGAGAGGCUAAGGAAUAUCGAUCCAAACAUGAUCGAGUUGAUUAGAAACGAAAUCAUGGAAUCGGGUAAGGCGAUAACGUGGAACGAUAUUGCCGGUCUCGAGUACAUCAAGAAGAUCGUUAAAGAGGUGGUAGUAUUUCCUAUGUUGAGACCGGACAUCUUCACUGGUCUUCGUCGUCCGCCCAAAGGGAUUCUACUCUUUGGUCCACCUGGAACAGGAAAAACUCUCAUCGGUAAAUGCAUAGCUUCACAGAGCAAGUCCACGUUUUUCUCGAUUUCAGCGAGCUCCUUGACUUCUAAGUGGAUUGGCGAUGGCGAGAAAAUGGUUCGCGCGCUAUUUGCGGUGGCCAAGGUUCAUCAGCCGUCUGUUGUUUUCAUCGACGAGAUCGACUCGUUGUUGACGCAACGUUCGGAAACAGAGCACGAAUCCUCUAGGAGGCUGAAGACAGAGUUUCUGGUACAGUUAGACGGCGCGACUACUUCAGAGGAUGAUCGUAUUCUGAUCGUUGGCGCAACCAAUCGGCCUCAAGAGUUAGACGAGGCAGCGAGACGGCGUCUCGUCAAGAGAUUGUACGUUCCUCUGCCGGAACUCGAAGCACGCAAACAAAUAAUUAAUAAUUUAUUAACUUCGGUACGCCACAAUCUCAAUGAAGCGGAUAUCGUGAAGAUCGCAGAAAAAUCGGCAGGAUAUUCCGGCGCCGACAUGACGAAUUUAUGCAAGGAAGCGAGCAUGGAGCCGAUUCGAAGUAUCCCUUUCAAUCAGUUGGGAGAUAUUAAAAUGGAAGAAGUAAGGCAUAUAACGAGUUGCGAUUUCGAGCAAGCACUGAUCAAUGUGCGACCUAGCGUAUCUCAGUCAGACUUGAACAUUUAUAUUGAGUGGGAUCGUACUUAUGGAUCUGGUAAUGCACAAAAUUCUAUAAAAAGUGAUACAAUGAACAAAUAAGUCAAUUAUAAUGUAUUAAUCAUUGAAAAAAAUUUUCUUAUAUUUUAUGUUUGUAACACCAAGUUUUUGUAAUGUACAUAUGUAGAUUAAAAAGAGAUUUUUUUUAUACGA